AUGAGUACAGCCUUAUUUUGGUGGGGAUGUUGUAAUCGAUCAGUUAACCAAAUUAAAAAACCUUUGCACCGUUCUUCGGAUGAAACCGGUGUCACUACGGUACAAGCAAAUAGUGUAACACGAACAGCUAAAACAAUUCGUGAGGAUGCUCAAUCACCAGCGUUAUCAAAAUCGCAAUCAAUUCCUCGUACAUCGUCGGAAAAAUCGGUAGAAGCAACACAACCAGAAACCAUGAAAAUGAUUCAUCAA